AUAAAUAUUAAGCGUGGUCGAGAGCUGGCUCUCAGUUUGGGACUGGCCAACUUGGCUGAUAAGGCCAUCUCUUUGCCAGGCAGUGUGAAGAGUACGAUAGCCAAUUUGGUGGGCCUACCUACACUUGUGGGUUACUCUGCAGCCACUUUUGAAACGACCGAUGCUGCCUCUCCUACCUCCCCCUUUAUCAGUGAUCCAGCUCCGGCUUCUACUCCUGCCUUUUCCUCUCUUGUUCUUGGUUCGUGUUCUCACUCUGACAACUUAGUGACUAAAGCUGAUAGUACCGUUAUGUUGCCUGAUCAGAUAGUCAAUUUGUCGUCAAGUUUUGAUGAUGAAAACCAAGAAGACUCCGACGGGGAGGAUGCGGAACAGGUGAGGCUUGGAGCUAAGAUCGGGCUUCACUGCCAAUCUUGA